AUGACAAGCUUUCCAAUGGAGCCAGCACUUGCCAAGGUACUGCUUGCAGCAAUAGAAAUGAGAUGUUCAGAUGAGAUGCUUUCAAUCGUGGCCAUGCUCAAUUUAGCCAAUGUCGUCUACCGACCCAAGGAAAAACAAACCCAGGCAGAUCAAAAAAAGGCCAAGUUCCACGAUGUGCACGGCGGUCGUUUGACAUUACUCAACAUCUAUAACUCAUGGAAGCAGAACGGCUACUCGAAUGCUUGGUGUUUCGAAAACUUCAUUCAGGCUCGGUCGAUGAAACAGGCUAAGAACGUGAGGGAUCAGCUCGCUAAGGUUCUGGAACGCUGGCGCCAUCCAGUCAUUUCAUGUGGACCCAAGACGGACUGUGUGCGGCGAGCCUUAUGUGCGGGUCAUUUUCGACAAGCAGCAAGAAGAGACAUAGAGGCUGGCAGCGGUGGUUACAAAACCCUAAUUGAGGGCACCUCCGUUUACAUGCACCCAUCGUCGGCACUAUUUGGCAAGCAUGCCGAGUGGGUAAUUUAUCAUGAAGUUGUGCUCACAACUCGCGAGUAUAUGCGCUGGACAACCAGCAUUGAGCCCAAGUGGCUCGUGGAGGCGGCAUCAACCUUUUUCAAAGUGGCUGGGACGGAUGGGACAUUGUCGAAGAGACGGAAACAAGAGCGGAUACAGCCCCUACACAAUAAGUUUGAGGCUGAGAACGACUGGCGCCUUUCAGCUCAGCGCAGGGGUGGAAGAGGCGGUGGUGGCGGCACUUGGGGAUAAAUUCACCACACAGUGUUUGUUUCAAAAUGGCUUCGGAUGUCGGUUUCUCUAUGUCUGCUACCUAAUUGAUGAACUCAAUUCCCCGUUUUUCUUUUCUUCCCAUCGGCCGUCUGUGCUUCACACUUUUCUGAAUUAGGCAAAAAUGCAUCUACCUUCGAAUUCCUCUUUCUCGUUAAGAUCGGUCUUCUGUAGGUGAAUAAUAACUUCCUAGACAGGUGCCUUUUUGCUGGCUUGGAUUCUAUAAGCAGCAGUGCAGAGACUCCAUAGAGUAAAUAGCGAAAUAAGUAUAGCCAUUCUCGUAGGCGGUCUGAUGAUUAAAUGGGAGACGUCGGAUCAAGCCAAAGUCCCUAUCCAAGACUCU